AUGAAUUAUAAUUCUCCAGAAUGUAAAUAUUGGUAUUGAGUAUUUUAGGUUUUUUCUAAAAUUUAUUGCCAAUAAUUAAUGAGCAUAUCAAAUGUGAUGUUGAAUUGACAAAAUUGAAUCAAUAGAUAGAUAGAAAUACUUCAUUUAAGAAUUUAUAAAAUGGUUUUUAUAGGGGAGAAAGUGAUGGUAUUUUCCGUAAAGGUAAAGGAGAAUGGAUAUCUAAAGAUGGUACCAUAUAUAGGAUAGGAGUUUGGUAAAACAAUUCCUUACAAGGGAAAGGUUUAUCACUAUACUAUUUGAAUAAUAUAUAAACAUCUUAAACUUAUUAUGAAUGCUAUUAUGGUUAUUUUGAUAAAGGUAAGCCCCAUGGUUAUGGAAAAUUGAAAAAAAUAAAUAAUUAAUCAUAUGAAGGAUAUUGGGAAAAUGGAUAGAUGAAUGGAUUAGGUACAAUAUAUAUUGAAAAUUCUUAUUAUUGCAAAGGUUAAUUUAAAGACAAUAUUUUAUGUGGAAAUGGAGAAAUAGAAUCAUAAGAUGAAACAAAUAAAUGGAAAAUGGUUGGCAAUUUUAUAGAUAAAGAUAGUUUUAAAGGGGAAAUCACAUUUAAAGAAGGAAAAUAUUUUGGAUAAGCUAUUUAUCAUGAAAAUUAAUGGAAAAUGCAUGGAAAAGGAAAAUUUAUUUGGGAGGAUUAAUCCUAUUACAAUGGAAGUUUUAGCUAUAAUAAAAGAAAUGGAUAUGCAGUGAGUAAAUUUGGGAAUGAAAAUCAAGAAGUUAUGAUCUGGAAAGAUGACAGGAAAGAAGUAAAUGUAGAACACAAUUGA